CAAAAAAAAAAGGAUGAUAAUGAGACAUAAUAAUCACUCAGUUACGUUUCCCUUUCGUAAGAGUAUUGACGAUGCACCUCGGCGACAUUCACUAAAAAUCACGACGUCACCACCUAACAGCACAUCAUUUAAACAAAAGAUGACAUCCUUGUUUACCUCUUCGCCCGUUGUGACGAGCUUAAAGGAAUCAUUUCACAAGAAAAGGAGGUCAUUUGUUGAAGAAGAUAUCAUUACCGACAGUCCCAUGACUGUUGGUCAACCCUACGAACAUACCAUCUUAGAUCAUACUACGACAGCAUUAUUAACCCCACCAUCUACACCUUCAAUAAAAUCAUUUGAUAAAGAAGAGGUCAAGAAUAGCUUAGCAUAUCAAGUUCAUCAAGUGUUAGGCUCAGCUAUUGAAGAGGUUGACGAAGAGAUCGAUAAAGAUUGGGAGAUUAGCCGAACUGUUUUAGAAGAAAACCUUUUAAUAAGAAACGAUAAACGAUACUCAUCCUGGACUAUUUCUUUUUAAUACCUGUACAUUAAUACCCCCAUUUUAUUAUUAUUAUUAUUAUU